UCACCUUCAUUCUGCCCUCUCCAUCCCAGCACCUUGAGCGCAUCGAUUAGCACCCUUAUGAGCCCCCGCCUGCCUGUUUAUUGGAGGGAGGUGCCACCGGAAUCGCACGGCUCAUAAAUAAGCUCGACACCCCUGAAAACCGAUCACCAUUCUAAAGACAGGAGGGGAGACGAGGCAAAAAAUAAAUAGACAAAAAAUAUUAAUAAUAAAAAGUGUCAGUGUGUGUGUUGGUGCGUCUGCUGGAGCUACACAAUGUACGUGCGCGUUUCGGGUCUUCUUCUGUUUGCAUCGUUUUGGAGCGUGCGUACCGGUGCAGAACAUUGGUGCUACCAGUCCCAGGUGACCUGUGAGACACCCUGCAAAGGACCUGAUGAUUGGCAUGAGUUGUAUGAAGACUGCAAGGAAAAAGAACAGUCUCCUAUUAAUAUAGUGACCGGGAAAACAGUGCUGGAUGACAAACUCACUCCGUUCAUAUUCAAAGGCUACCAAGAGGCAUUCACUGGCAUCCUGAAAAACAAUGGACACACCGUGAAAGUAUCUGUCCCUUUUUCGGCCACUGUGAGUGGGGGAGACCUCAGAGACACUUACAAAGCUGUGCAGUUUCACUUACACUGGGGGCAAAAUGGAGGCCCUGGGUCUGAACACACUAUCGAUGGGGAGCAGUACCCGAUGGAGCUGCAUAUUGUUCAUAUGAAGGAAAGGUUUAAAACUUUGGAAGAUGCGCUAAAGGAACGACAUGGAGUGGCAGUGCUGGGAUUCUUUUAUGAGGAAUCAAAAAGUGAAAACAAAAAGUAUAAUAAACUCAUACAAGCCUUGGAAGAAGUGCAAAAUGCUAAUGAAAACACGACGGUCAGUGGCAUCUCCCUAAACAAUCUCAUACUCAGUGAGGAGAACAUGACCCGGUAUUAUCGCUAUGAUGGCUCACUGACUACCCCUGGCUGCACCGAGGGAGUGGUGUGGACUGUGUUUGAGCACCCCAUCCCACUGAGUAAAGAACAGCUCAAAGCAUUCUCCAAUUUGAAGUUCCAUGAUGGUAAAGAUAUGGUAAAAACCUUCAGACCAGUGCAGCCAAGAUACGACCGUAUAGUUUACCGCUCUGACAGCACUGUAGUCAUGCUCAGCUUCACUCUCCUCCUGGUGUGUCUGUGUUCAGUUCUGGGUUUUUCCCAGCGCUACUAGAGCAUAAGCCGAGACACAGUCCGGCACCAAAACACGCAGAAUUGCAAAGCCAAAUGGAUUGAUAGACAUUUUUUAUAUGUGCAUAUUACAGUGAAUGCACUUUUGAUUUAGUCCCCAUCUUUGAGGCGAGACUUCAUUUCCACAUAGGUGCAUGACAUGCUGGUAUUUUGGAUGGCUUAUCUGGAAAACAGAACGAUGUUCAUCGCUAUCAAUAGCAACCCAGCUAAACCCUCUGGAGAGAGACAGAGAGGUUAUAAAUGGCUGGCCUUUAUCUAUCUGAGGCGCAGCCAAACCUGAGCCUCAUACACAUACAGCACACACACACACACACACACACACAGCAUGUGGCUAUUCAUCUGUCAACGUACUGUGACUGUGUUAUUUAAAGGUUAGAAUUACACACACCUGCACACACACACACACACACACACACACACACACACGUGCAUGCAUGCACACACACACACACACACACACACACACGAGCAAGCAUGCACACACACACACACACACACACACACACACACACACACACACACACACACACACACGUGCAUGCAUGCACACACACACACACACACACACACACACACACACACACACACAGGGUUGAAGUACCUCACUACAUUGGCCUGAGUUUUGUGUGAUUUCUGAACUGAAGAACGUAGAGGUCACAGCUUAAAUCUGAGGUCAUAUUUUACCUUCCAUUUUUCCUAAGAUGAAAUUAUAACAUAAAGGGCAUACAGGUAAAAACUUUUGCAAUAAAAAAUAGACAGUAGUGUGAAAUGAAAGUAUACUGUUUCUUAUUUAAAGCACAUAUAUACGUAACUUUCUUCGAUUGCAUAAGGCUUCCAUCUCAUUCGGUCCCUAUCUGAGCUAGUGUUUUACAUGAAUUUAUUUAAUGACUUGGGUGGCAUGGAUGAAGGUGGUGCCAUAAGCAUGUCACAUAUCAACAUUUAUAUCAUGGUCAAAAAUGUCAAUUUCAAUAGAAUGUGUUGAAUAGACUGUAGAUACCAAUCCCCAACACAUUCACUUCCUCAUAGACAGUGUUCCAGUAAGCGAAGGAACUCUGGACUCAGCAGUUUUUAUAAUAGUAAAAAAAAAGCCAACAUGAACUUUUCCAGUUAGGAAGUUGGCUGCCUGAUGAGCAUGCUUGAUUGUUGUCUAAAAAAACCCACAGAUGUACAUUCACAUAGUACAAAAAGAGAGUUUUACAUUUUGAGUUAAAGAUGAUGACAUUCUAAGAAGAUCAAGUCUGGUAGCCCAGGUGUCUGAGACAAUAACCUUUUGUCCUUAUGUACGUCCUGACCACUGGGUAGGGUCCCAAGGGCUCUCCAGUGCUGAGUUUUAGUCAGACUUGGAUGACUACAGCGACGCACGGCGAGUUCUUAAUAAAGAGUAUUUUCUGCUUAAAAGACAUCCCAAUGUUUCCUGGUCUCUGAUUCAACAGAGGAAAAAGUUUCCAACAACAAUUAAAAUAUUUUAUCUAGUAUAUGUCAUUUGUGGCAGUACUGAAUCAAUCUCAACAUUAAAUCACCUUAGAGUUUUGACUGAAACAGACUUUUCUAGGGUGCCACGAUGGCAUAGUGGUUCGUGUUGUCACUUCUCAACCAAAGGGUUAAGGGUUUGAUUCCCACCGCUGGUCUGUUUGCAUGUUCUCCCCAUACUUGGUGAGUUUCCUCUGGGUACUCUGGUCUCCUUACACAGUCCAAAGACAUGCAGAUUAGAUUUAUUAGCAUUCCCAAAUUGCCCAUGUGUGUGUAUGUCUUGCGAUGGAUUGGCACCCUGUCCAGGGUGUACCCCGCCUCGUGCCCUUAGUUUCCUGGGAUAAGCUCCAGGCCCCUCCUGUGACCCGGUACAGCAUACGUGGUAUAGAAGUUGAGUGCUUUUUCUAGAUCUUCCACAGGUUUUCUGUCCCUAAUGUGGCAUACUAUAUAGUCACUAUGGAGGCUUUUAAAAUUUGAACAUUUUAAUGGUGGAUGUAGAUCAUAAGCGGGUGUAUUUAUUUAUUUAUUUAUUUUGCCAAGAACUUUCAGUGCUAUCAAAAUGCCACAGUGUGGUGUUAGCUUCUUAGAUAAAAGCAACUGAAAUAACAAAAAGUGGUGGAGGUCUCACACUAAGAUCACAAACUGAGUCUAGUGUGCUGUAACCUCAAAUAAUAAUAUGGAGCAAUCAUUUAAUAAAAAAUAUAUUAAAAUGUAAUGAUGCAAAAAAUCCACAGUAACCACAUUUGAUAUUUCAUUGUUACUUUUAGGAAUGUUUUGCUACUGAGCAAUCAAAUUUCCGCCAAAAUCUGCUAAGCUUCUUCAGAAAUACUUCCACAAUACAUUUUGACGCUCUACAAGAGUGAGGUGGUUGAUUGUUUUUUUUUUUUCCCACACAGCCUUAAUCUAUUCCAGCCUCAUGGUAUGCUCAUACAACCAGAGUUCUCUCUCAUGUUCAGUUUUCUGUGGGUCUCAGAAGCCCUGAAUGAUGAUUGCGUUAUAAAAACCUGCUAGAAUUUUCAGGAAAAAAGGCAUAGACGACAUAAUAUGGAAUAUGAUAUAAAGAUGGAAAAAUGUUUAAACCUCCAUUGUGUUCUUUGUACACUUUUGUCGAUUUAUUUUAAUAUAUAAUGUGCUGUUCUUAUCUGUGAUGUCAUUUGUACUGAUUUAUUUCUUAAAAGUAAUUGAAUGAUAUUUUCUGCAAACAUGGAUUUGAAUCUUUAUUGUACAAAAUAAAUGUAAAACAAUUGCAAAUGAUAUCAAGUUCCUAAUUCAAUAAUGAACUACUGAAUUACGCACACAUAAAAAA